CGGGAGAGGGCAUUAGCAACGCGGUUGCUUUUGCUGGGAGUGUGGCAAAUGGUAAAUGUGAAUUGGGCAAGAAAGUCUAACCAGCGAGCUUGGCAUGGGUGUGAUGUCUUUCUUGGUGAGAAUGGAGGAAACUAUGGUGUUGUCGAUGCGAAUGGUGAAGUAUUGCCCAUCGAGGUACGGGCGCCAGACUUUGAGGGCGUGAAUCACGACGAGGAGUUCCUUCUCGUUGGAGGGGUAGUUCAUCUCCGCGGGAAGGAGCUUCUUGCUUGCAAAGGCGAUGGGGUAUUCGCCGGGUGGAGCCUCGGGGUGGGUGGGGGAGUUUUUGAUGGAGGGGGGUUCGGAGGUGUCACGAGGAAAAUGUUGCGAGAGGACGGCUCCAAUGGCGAAGUCGGAUGCAUCAGUGGUAACGUAGAAAUGUCGAGAGGGGUCGGCGAUCUUGAGGACAGGGGUUGUGGUGAUGGUUUGUUUGAGAAAGUCGAAGGCGUUUUGGUGGUGGUCGUUCCAAUUGAAGGGUUUGUCCUUGCGUGUGAGUUCAUGGAAUGGGUAAGAGAAGUCGGAGAAGUUGCGGAUGAAGGGGCGGUAAUAGUUGGCAAGGCCGAGGAAUGAGUGUACUUGGAGUAGCGUCUUGGGCAGGAGGUACUCAACGAGGGUGGUGACCUUCGAGGGGUCCAUGCGGAUUCCUUCAGCAGAGACGAUGUGGCCAAGGUAUUCUACACUAGAAGCAGUAAAGGUGCAUUUGCUUA